AUGCCGAGGCCCCUGUCCAGAGACAGCACAGAUUCCAGUCAAGGGGAAGUGCAAGACGAUCCAUUCUGGAACCAGGGUGAUUUCACUCUGAUAUCCUCGGAUGGAUGGCGGCUCAGAGCACCGUCGUUCCUUCUGUUCUACGCCAGUGCCGUCUUGCGUGAUGCCCAGAGUUGCACCACUUCCAAGAGCCCUAAGGAGAUCCACUUUACCGAUCUCGAGCUGGAGAGGAGAGAUGUCUUGAACAUUUUCCUCUACCUUCUUGUUUUCCCAACGAGGACUUUCCAGAUUGACCAUGAUCUUGACCUGUGCCUCUCUCUUAUAGGCUUCUUACAGAAGUACGACUGCCCGCAAGUCAUCGAAAUCUUCCGUCUUUCUCUCACCAGGAUUCUCGUGGAGGAGGAGGAUUGGAGUGCCGUGGAGAUUUUUGCACUCGGUGCAGUCCUCGACGACCCAAUCCUCUGCUCAACAGCAGUUUUCUACGAGGAGCGCGCGCGACGCGAACGCCCGGACUCGGAGCACUUCAGCGUGCGCGACAUCCCCAUUGCAGCGCUCGAACACAUACCCCAGGAGUACCUCCGAGGUCUCGCCGACGCAGUGCCUGAAUGCGAGGGCAAGCGGUGUGACUGCCCCCAUGAUCAGGACUCUUCACGAGCGGUGGACUUUGAGGCUAAUGUAGUAGAGUUGCAGCAGAAGAUGAAGUUAGCAAGGGAGAAGAGACGCCGCCCUGACAACGAGAGCGACAGCCAGCUCCGGAGGAAGAAGAAGAAAAGGGUCUAG